CAGCAGGCAGAAAAACAAACAGCCCUGCUGCUUCACCAAUAGGAAGUGACUACAGUAGAGCUUCGUGUUCAAAAUACUGUCAACGGAACAACAACAAAAACAAGCAGAACGAUUUGCUGAACCUUGUCAUUGUCAGGGGCUGUGGGGCCCACGAGGCCGCAGGUUAAGAGAUCCAUCCCUGGAUGCUCUUUGGCAGGAGGCCCACCAUCAGGUGCUCCUAUUUGACCUCCAGAUCAAAUCUGAAGGUGUGAGAGUGGGAGGAGAGGUGAGAUGGAGUCAGAGGAGACAGAAGGACGCACUUUAGUGCAGGUGAUCAGUGAGAAGUACAGCCCGGAAAACUUCCCAUACUGCCGUGGGCCAGGAGUUGGAGUGGUGAUCCGGACGAGUCCCCAGGGUUCACCGGUCAAAGAUCGUCUGAAUCUGCCCAGCAUUCUGGUUCUGGAUGGUUGUGGAAUCACGGAGGCUGGAGAUGAGGAGGAGGUGGCCACUUUCUGUGCUCACGUGGUUGAGCUAGACCUCUCUCACAACCAGUUAAAAGACUGGGGAGAGAUAAGCAAGAUCCUUUGUAACAUCCCUAACCUAGACUUUCUCAAUCUGAGUAUGAAUCCACUGAGAGGGUCGAGUCUGGAGCCUGGCGCUGCUGAAGCUUUCUCAGGCCUCCGCCGCCUCGUGCUCAAUAACACGCAUGUCACCUGGGACAUGGUGCAUGCACUUACACGAGAGAUCCCAGAGUUAGAGGAAUUGUUUUUGUGUCUGAACGAGUAUGAGAGCGUGAGUGUGUCAUCUAGGCUGUGCCCGUCCCUGCGCCUGCUGCAUAUCACAGAUAACCAGCUGCAGGAUUGGGUGGAGGUGCGCAAGCUGGGCCUCAUGUAUCCAGGCUUGAUGUCUCUUAUCCUGGCAAACAACUCCCUCUCGUGUAUCCACGAGCCUGAGGACUCCCUACAGAGACUUUUUCCCAAUCUGCGCAGCAUCAACCUACACAACUCAGGGUUAAGUCGCUGGGAGGACAUUGAGAAAUUGAAUUUCUUCCCAAAGCUUCAAGAAGUCAGACUGAUGGGUAUUCCUUUACUGCAGCCCUACACUGAUCAGGAGAGACGUUGUCUUAUGGUAGCACAUUUGCCUCACGUGACUGUAUUGAACGGCAGUGUUGUCACUGAUGGAGAAAGAGAGGAUGCAGAGCGCUUUUUCAUCCGCUACCACCUGGACUGCCCUGAGGACGAGCUACCCCAAAGGUAUCACACUUUGGUAGCACGCUAUGGCCGCCUAGCCCCACUUGCGGAGGUGGAUUUGCGCCCUCUCAGCCAUGUCCAGGUAGCGGUGCGUUCUGGGGACCAGACAGAACCCCUAGAGCUCAGAUUGGAUCAGACAGUGGCAGACCUAAAGAAGCAGUUGAGGUCCGUGGUCCAGCUACCUCCAAACAAGAUACGCGUGUUCUAUAUCGACCGGCAGCUUGGCUAUCCAUUAGAGCCUCAGGAGAUGAAAUAUGGAGCACGAGCACUUCAUUCCUACAGUAUACGAGAUGGAGAUGAAAUCUUGGUGGUGCCCAAAACACAGUGACAGAAAAGAGAGCAACAACUAAGCACUGUUUGGAAAAAAAUGACUGGUUUCCAGAGUUACUGGGAUGCCAUCUUCCAAUAAAGGCAAUGUGAAUUCUGUGAACAGAGCACAAAUUAGCAUGCCUUAUGUUUAAGACAAAGAAAAACUAUCAGUCUGGUUUUCCAGCAGCUUCAAGCUUAUUUAAAAAUGGUCCCUAAAAAGAGACAUUGAAUCAGGUUAAAAAGGCCUUUUUAACUUCCA